AUGCCAGACCAGACCAGACCCGUACAGUACCAGAACCCAUGCCAGACCAGACCAGACCCGUACAGUACCAGAACCCAUGCCAGAUCAGACCAGACCCGUACACUACCAGAACCCAUGCCAGACCAGACCAGACCCGUACAGUACCAGAACCCAUGCCAGACCAGACCAGACCCGUACAGUACCAGAACCCAUGCCAGACCAGACCAGACCCGUACAGUACCAGAACCCAUGACCAGACCAGACCAGACCCGUACAGUACCAGAACCCAUGCCAGACCAGACCAGACCCGUACAGUACCAGAACCCAUGCCAGACCAGACCAGACCCGUACAGUACCAGAACCCAUGCCAGACCAGACCAGACCCGUACAGUACCAGAACCCAUGCCAGACCAGACCAGACCCGUACAGUACCAGAACCCACCAGACCAGACCAGUACAGUACCAGAACCCAUGCCAGACCAGACCAGACCCGUACAGUACCAGAACCCAUGCCAGACCAGACCAGACCCGUACAGUACCAGAACCCAUGCCAGACCAGACCAGACCCGUACAGUACCAGAACCCAUGCCAGACCAGACCAGACCCGUACAGUACCAGAACCCAUGCCAGACCAGACCAGACCCGUACAGUACCAGAACCUGA